UUCAUUUUCCAUGGAAAAAACAGCCCAGGAGAGUGCUGUGGCAGUACUUUUAACAGCAAUUGGACAUGUUGUGGUCUGGUUUUAUACUCCAUGAAGUCAUUAGUGUGGUGGUUUUGCAAUGCUGAUGUGGUCAUCAGAGGUGGUGUUUACACACUGCAGUCAUCAUACAGUAACUCUGAUAUUUGUCAGGCAUAUAACCAAGGAGAAACUCAUCAACAAGAUGUUUCAAAGGUUCUCUGAGGGACAGACGGCUGUUUUGGAGGGGUGUGAUGUGGGGCUUGAGCUGUGAUGUUUCUUUGCACUCAUAAAAGGCACUUGAGUUAUUAUUAAUUUUCUGUACAAAUUAUGAAAAGAGCGUUUAUGCACUUAUUAACAAUGUAUCUGGGCAACUGGAAAUGCUUUUGUGUGAUUGGAAAGAUCAUGAUCAGUCAGGUGCUUAUGGUUGUGGAUGGAGGGUGUUAUAAGGGCAUUUCUGUCCAGGUGGUUGAGUGGGUUCUUUCACUGAACUUUGGACUUUGUGGGUCUGUUGUGUUGAAGGAGGGUCUGACCUGCUGAUCAAAACUGCUGCUGAACAAUGGGCAGAAACAUCAAGAGGAGGGUGACCGUGCGCAGAAACACUGCUCCAAAAGGGCAAAGGCCAGCUGUGACAGGUCCAAAUGUGCGCGUUCACCCGACUCGCAUAACCAGGCGAUCUUUUUUUUUUGUGAGGCAGGAUUUGUUUUAUUCUGAAAAUGCGAUACACAUACCUGCCACUGAAACAGCGACAGCCCAAAAGAGCCGCAGGCGCUACAAUGCUAAUGUUGUCGGGGGCUUUGACUUCUCCCAGCCAUUGCAAAGAAGCUGCUCCGUGUGACAGCCACUGCGCCGCUCUUCCCCCGGUGUUCGCUAUCCCGCUUUUCACGCCUCUUCACAUUUGGCAGGUGUGUUGGAAAAAGCCGACCGCGUCCUAUCAGCUAACCUUAUUUAGUCUGCGUUGUAAUGGACGAAACGGACAUCAUGGACUUAACGCAUCAGAAGGCGAGAAAGCGACCGCGUCCAAUCAGUUCUGUGGAUGAGUCCGUGCACGCUUCUCUCAAACGGCUCCCGAUCCGAGCAGCGGAUAGCAGGGAGCCCUCACUGAUGUUCGCUGUCAGAGGAGAGCCUGUUCCCGCAGCAUCUCUCAAGCAAAAUGACCAUUCGGUGUCUUCCUCUCCAAACACAGUGAUGCCGGCACAGGAUAAUCGCUCCAGCAUGUCCAGGCCUAUGAUCACACGGUCACCGGUGUCUCCCUUGAGUAACCAGGGCAUCCCAACACCUGCACAGCUCACCAAGUCCAAUGCCCCUGUGCACAUUGAUGUGGGCGGACACAUGUACACCAGCAGUCUUGCCACCUUAACAAAAUUCCCAGAAUCCCGAAUUGGUCGUCUCUUUGAUGGCACAGAGCCUAUAGUCCUGGACAGCCUGAAGCAGCACUACUUCAUUGACAGGGAUGGACACAUGUUCCGCUACAUCCUCAACUUCCUCAGGACGUCCAAGCUCCUCAUCCCAGACGACUUCAAAGACUAUAGUCUGCUGUAUGAGGAGGCGCGAUACUUCCAGCUGCAGCCCAUGCUUGCUGAGCUGGAGCGCUGGCGCCAGGACCAGGAGCUGGGCCGGGUGUCGCGCCCUUGCGAGUGCUUGGUAGUGCGCGUUGCCCCUGACCUGGGCGAGAGGAUCACGCUCAGCGGUGACAAGGCCCUGAUUGAAGACGUGUUUCCGGAAAUCGGUGACGUCAUGUGCAACUCUGUCAAUGCUGGCUGGAACCAUGACUCCACGCACGUCAUCCGCUUCCCACUUAAUGGGUACUGCCACCUCAACUCUGUCCAGGUUCUAGAGCGUCUCCAACAACGUGGCUUCGAGAUCGCUGGCUCCUGUGGUGGAGGCGUGGACUCAUCCCAAUUCAGCGAGUACGUCCUGAGGAGGGAACUGAGGAGGACGAGUCAGCGAGGAUCCAAUUCAAACAGGAUAAAGCAGGAGCAGCUGGACUAGAAACCUCCUGAACAGUAGGAGGUGCUAGACUUUUCUGUGGCAGCCAAACGCCCAAUGCUGCAGAGCUCUGUGGACUCUGUUUUUCUUCAUUUCCUUGUUGAUGUUUUUGUUUUCUUAAACUUGAGAACCAUCUAGAGAAUAAAAAUGAGGUGCAACAGGAGAUUUUUUUGCCAUAAGAAGAUACAAGACAUUUGAUAAGUUUGAGAUUGCAAGGACAUUUGUGAUUGUCUAGUCCCCAUAAACCAAUUUAAAAAGGAUUUAUAUAUGCUGGAUCCCCAAACAAAGUUUGUUUUAAAACUUAGAGCCUACAUUAGGUUGAAUAUGAUUUCUAUUAUACCCAUAUAAAUUAAAAAGGCUUUUAUUGCUGAUGUAGUAUGUUGCAUAGCUUGUCACCAGUGACUUGAUUUUGUUGUCUCACUGGCAAAUUGGCGAAGUCUGUUUUUAUCCCUCGCUGUAAAAACGUCACUAAUGUGUUGCUUACAGUACAGAAUGUCUCAGUUGUCAUAAACAGUUAGUUUCAACAAAGCAUCUUUUUUCACAAUUAAAAUGAUGUUGGAUAUUGUGAUACCAAUGAAGUGUUUUUUUUUACUUUAAUGAAAGUUAUUUUAUUUGAUUAUGCCAUAAAAUAUAGUUGACAUUAGUAUCAUAAAAAUUAAACAUCAAAGACCAUUCUAUACGCAGUAAAGAAAAUAAUUUAGUAAAUUAUUAUGUCACACUAUUUGCCUCAUUGGGGAGUAUGAACUACUAACCCCCAUGUGCUACCUUGGGAAUCAUUUAAUUGGAUCAUAAUAUUCCUAGGAGUCGUGACCUGUAAAUUUUUUCAUUGUAUAUGUGUUUGUGUUUUUUACAUUGAAUCUUUUUAAAGCAAAUUUGUUGCCUCAGAUGUGACUGAACAGAUUAAAGCGUAUUGUACUACCCACUCCAAGAUCACUUUUACUUGUAGCACAUAUUGAUAUGAAGUUGGAUAUAAAGUAUUUCUAAGAUGACUGACCCACCUACGCUCCCUAGAUUUGAGUAAAGAGGAAUGUAGCAAAAAAUGUGAAAUAAAUCUCAACAAAAGUU